CUGGCUAGGGUAAAUCCCUUCGAAGCCAUCAAAAAGUGGGUGUGAACUGUGCAAUAAAACCCACAACAACAAAUCAGAGCUAGAAUCUAGACAGACGUAUACUCAUGAUGAGCAGAAAUUUGGAGCUUCCAAUGUUGACUCCUUCCACAGUCACUGUUGGGAGAGAGCAGUUUGUGAUUGUGGAGUUUGCAGGGAUAAUCCCUCAAAGCAGCUUGGUGACCUUCAACUUCUACCAUUGUGCCACGGGGAAGAAACUAUCAACCAUUCCAAUAGUUCCUCUGGGCCCUCAUACUGCUAAAGCAAAAUUUCCAGAGUUCAGCAAAAAUGGAGAAGUUGAAGUCAUUGUGCACAUCAACAGAGAGGAAAGUACCCUCAUGCCACGGUUCAGAUUUCAUGUACAGAGCCAACUGGAAGCCAUAUUUGCUCCAGCUUUACAGGGAUCAAACAGAAAAGCACUACUGGCAUCAAUAAUGGCCUAUCUGACUCACUGCGAUGAAAAGAAUAAAGAAUUGUGUGCACAGGCAGACACUCUACUGUGUAAUUUGCUACACCAAAUCCACACAUUUGAGCUCAGUAACUGGUCAGUUGGAGCACUACUCACAGGUAAACACGGAGCUGAGGAGAACCUGCUCCAUUUUUGUGCCAGGAGACACCUGAGUGAGACAGCCGAGUAUCUGCUACUGUCAAUGCCAAACAGCAAUAAGCAGGAGUACUUAUACCAGCGCUCCUCUGACAACAAGACACCAAUUGAACUGGCUCAAAAGAACGAUAUGCGACGAGUAGUUGAUGAAAUGACGGUUCAGGCUGGUUCUACUAGCAAGAAAACUAAGGGGAAAAAGAAGAAGUCCCUGAUGGUUGAGAAGUCAAGGUCAAUAGAUUCCCAGAUAAAUCAUCUCUGUAUUCCAGGAAGCCCAGAUGUCGUCACUAAAUCUUCUACAUUCAGUCAAUCUCCCGAUCACAAAAGAAAGGAGAAUAAAGCUUCCAAUUUGAAAGCACUGAAGAAACAUUUCAAGAAAGACAAGGGUGUUCCAGUUGUAUCUAUGCCUCAUCAACCUUAUAUCAACGAAUUUGGCGAGGCAAUGAUAGCUCCUACCAGCCCUGGACCACAGUCUCCCAGUCGCCCCAUUUCGCAGAGCAUGGAGAGAAUUGACAGAACAGGAAUAUGGUCAGAGUCUUCCAACAAUCCUUUCUCAGACAGCAACUACAACAUAUCUAGCCCAUACGGUACAACCAGCCCUGUGCCCCCAAGCUCCCCCCUGCUGCGGCCAAGGCACGAAAUCCCGACAAGAUCAUCAGUGACUUUCCCUCAAAGUGUCAGGCCUGGGAGUCGUACAGAUAGUGUUGGUAGUUCUUCAUCAUCCUUUGAUCAGGGUGAUUCACGACUUCUCCAAGUUGAGCAGAGACAAGCAAGGCCGGUUUCAUCCGCUUUGUCUGGAGCAUCUGAUCAUGGGAAUGCUUUGUCAAAGGCUAUGAAAGAGCUCAAGAGUAGAGCUCUGUAUGUAGCAGAGGUUGUGCAAGAGUACAACUGGGCUAGUGUCGCACAAGGAGACAGCGACUGCAUCCUCAAGAUGGGACACAGAGUAUUUGUGACACAGGAGGGUGUGGAAGGUGACCACAAAAUGUGCCUUGGUGUGUGGAUGGGUCGAUACGGCAAGCUACCGCUAGCAAUCCUCAGACCUCUACCACACACAGAACUACAGAACCUAAAAGAGGAGAUUGCACUUGAAGAGAGCAGUGAUGAUGACAAUUAUGAGAAAGUGGAUGAUGGGCUGUGGUUGGGAGAAGAAGACGAUAUCUACAAAGUACCCCGGAAUGUGCCGGCUCAUUCUUACAUUCCUGGAUCAGAUUCUGAGGAUGAUCAACCACUUUAUGACGUACCACCCAACAGAUUUAGGAACCUACCUACUGAAACACCAAACAUACCAUCCAGCCCCUACAUGAAAACAUCUGAUUCUGAAGAGGAUCCUGUGUAUGAUGUGCCGCCUAAUAGACACUUGCUUCCCGAAGGAAAAACUUCAGAUCAUGACUACCUAAACAUCCCAAGAGAGCAGCUUUUAGCAUUUUCUGAGUUAGUGAAACAACCAAAAGAAGAUGAUGACAUGAAACAAAGUGCAAAAACAGACCAUGAUAGCCAGAUUCCUAUAAGUCAAAUGGAAGAUGGUGUCCGAGAGGCCCACGGUGUCACUGAAAAAAAGAAGAGAUCCCACACUAUUGCUGAAUGUAUCACUUUUCCAGUGGACGAUACAGCAAAUGAAGCUGCAGAAGACCAGGAGGAUGACUCAAAUAUCUAUGAUGAUCUCGACUCUGCACUCUCGGAAACACUCCUUCUGAUACAAUCUGUAGUUUCGAAUGCAGAACAACCCAUGCACAAUAAUACUAUUACCCCAAGCCUGGAUGGAAACCACAAAGCAAAGGUGUACGAAGGCACAGACGUUACAACAGAGAGCAGUGAGAGCAGUGACACAUAUUCGCACCUCAUUCCAACUAAUCGGAAGACAAAAUAUGAAAACGUACCCAUUAACAACGAAAGCAUACCCCCCACUGACGCGAGCCUACACAUCAACGUCUCAACACACGACUCAAACAAAGGCGGUACUGACAAUAGUGUUACGUACUCCUCCGUCACCCCAAAAACGGAAAGGAAGACUAUCACACCGAAUUCUUCCCAUGAAAUUGGAUAUGCUGAAAUAACAGCUGUGAAAAACAUUGUACAAGGUGACAGCGAGCAAAUGACAGUUGGAAGGAUAUCAACAACACCAAAUGAGAGUGAUGACGUAUUUCAGCAGCCAUCUAGCACAAACCCAGCCCCAAAACCAAAGAAAAGAACUCGAUUUCUAACAUCAACUAAUCCGCCUAGGGUUUCUCCUAAGCCAAAGCCCCGACGAUUAACGACACCUCUCAAGUCCGAAGGUGAUGAACCAGCAUCUUCUAUGAAAAUUGAAAAGAUACUAGCGAAUUCGUUGAAAAGGGGAGAAGUACGAAUAGCCACACCAGUUCAUCAGACUCAUGCCAAAACUGAGCAGAGUGCAGCCAAACCUGGAGAAAUCAAGCCAGCACAACAAACCUCUGAAUCCACGAAACCUCCAUAUGUGAAUGUAGAAGUAAGGACAAAAAAGAAGCCACCCCCUUCACCCCCAAGGAAGCGCAGUUCUCACUCAACGUCAAGCCCGGCAACAAUGAAGAAGCCAUCGCCACAAGUUGCUCCAAAACCAGUAGUUGCUAAAAAACAAUAGCACAGAGAAAAGUUGGUGUAAUUUGUGUAUAAUUUUAUCAGUCUUUUUACUAGAUCUAUGAUUACUAUAUAAUUAUUAUAAUUAUGCAUGUAUAAUUAUAGUAAUUUACAAUUCUUACAUAAAAUUAUGUGCAUAAUAAUAAAUGUUAAUUUGCUGCUCUAUAUUAAUGGCUAUAAU